AUCUUCUGAUGAUUCUUAUAAAAUAUCGAUAAAAAUCGAUAAAAAAGACUAUUGUAUUAUAAAAUUGCAACCAAAAGUUAUAACUUAAUUAAUAAAAAUUUGUGGAAGUAGCAAAUGUGUGGUAUGCUUUUUUGUUACUAUAUUAUCGACAUAUAUAUUAUCAAUGUAUCAUUUGACUUUUUUCAUAGUAGAUAAUGGACAUAUUUAUGCUACAGUUCCAGAAAAUUCCUUAUAGGCGAUCAUCGUAUUCAGCGUAUUAUAGAUGACAAUCAUCACGGUUUUUCUUUUCUUCGAAAAAAUUUUUAAUAAUUUUACUUAUAAUGAAUAAUUUAAAAUAAGAUUACACAAUCUCACACAAUAAUAUUGAUUUAUAAUUGUUGAAUAACAACCGCUCGUGUAUAUUUGUUUAUCCUAUUUCUUUCCGUUAUAUCUAAGGAAAAUAUCAUUCUUGCCAGAAUCUUUCGUGUCACUGAUAUUCGCACAAUUAAAGGAGAAUCAUAUUUUCGGUUGUAUUAUUUAUCAGAGUUUAAGUGAGCUGCAGUUAUAUAUCGUUUGCUUUGUGACAUAUUUAUGCAUUUUUUCGAUUUGCAUGUAACUGUUUAGUAACCAUCUAAUUUGUAAAAGUUGUGCAUUAUGAAUUGGAGUAGCAAUGCUUACACAAGCAUUCCACAUUUAUUUCCAAUCAGACAGAUACAAUUGAUGAUACCUGAACCGAACAUACUUGUUAAUGUUUUAGAAAAUGGAUUGAAACAACAUUUUAUGAACGUUAAGGUCGAAUGGGUUAAUUGUCUUAAUCUGUCUCAGGAACCAUUCAAUCUUGCCGCACCAGGAAUAUGUGGUCAAACGACAUUUAUAGAACUCGGUGAUUUUUCAUACAUGCAAUUAAAAGUGGAGAAAAAAUACAACAUCAAAGACAUUUUAAGAUAUCUCGGUCGUAACUAUAGUAAUUCUUUCAUUUUCGGUAAUGGUGUUUCUCGACGUCCAUCAAAUGGAACUUUAGGCGAACUUGUUAUGAAUGCGUCAUUUUCACCUGAAAUCGACGGAGUAAUGGAAAUCAAAAAUAGAAGUAGCAUUGUAUUUCUGAACGUAAUAAAACACAAAUGUGACUUGGAAUUGUUAGCUGAUUUUGAGCCCACAUGUAAUAUACAGGGAAGUUUCUUUCUUUGCGAUGGUUUAAUUGGGCCUGUUUUACAAGUGCGUGUUAGGAAACACCGUUCGACAGUAUUUUCUUUUUCAGGAUUUAUAGAUUCGAUGCGGCAAGUACUGCAAGAAACAUUUGGGUCUACUGGACAAUCUGUUGUUUUGGGUGGCGAAUAUAUUGUGAGAAAUGCGCUAUGGAAUCAUGAAAUGAUUGGAAAUUCUUGGGAACUUUCACCGCUUGACCCAAGUUUUAUUUGUAAAGUAGACAUGCCUUCGGCAAUCAUUAGCACAUUUAACAGCAGCACCGUAGGACUUCUCCCGUUUUCGCCAGGAUCUCCAAUAAAAUUAAACGGUUAUCAAUCUACUCACUUCUUAUAUCAUCACAAUGCAAGCAGAGGACGGCAUUUUUUCUCUGAAGCUUCGCAAGAUGGUAUAGAAUACUUAGGAUACUUUUCUCCGGCAGAAAAACUGUAUCGUCUUGAUGAGCCGCCUACGAAACGCUAGUUGUGAUAGAUUAAUGUUGGAUAUUAUCAAAAUGUUAUGUUCAUUUGCUUUAGAUUU